AUGCAUGAUGAUGUUAUGAGUCUCCGAAGAGAUCUACUUAAAUUACUUAAACUUAGCGAAUAUUCUGAAAUGACAACAACAAAUCUUCCAUCUUUAACAUCAUUUGUUUUACCACAACCUGUUUGUUCAAAUUGUAAUCAUUAUUCUGAUAUUGAUUUAUAUCGUGAAAUAAAUUCAACAAUUGAUAAACAUUCUGAUGAUGAACACUAUCGACAACUAGAGAGAACCCGUGCAUACUGCACGGUAGUUUUUUAUUAUCGAAAGCAAGUUUUUCGUGAGGAUCAGGGAAUUAUCGGGUAUAUUGUUAAAAUAUGUAUCUUCGUUGUAUCAAAAGAAUUUAUUUACAUAAUCUUCAUUUUAUUCUAA